AUGCUCUUCAGUCAUGGAGCUGCUCUCCUAAGCAUGAGGGGGAUCACGCUUUCCUCCCUCUGCUUACUGAUGCACCUGCUUCAGGAUGAGAUAACUACGAUUUUAGUUUUGGAAAACCAAGACCUGCAAGAUUUGAUUAAGCCGCAGAAGGUAGAGUUUCGUUCGUUAAACUUCAACAGCACUUUGCAUUGGCAGCCUGGGAGGGCCAGAGAGGCAAGAGGCACAGUCUACUUUGUGCAGUACAAAGUGUAUGGGCAGAGCACGUGGCAAAACAAAGACGACUGCUGGGGGAUUCAAACACAUGUCUGUGACCUAACGAAUGAGAUCUCUGACAUCCAAGAGCCUUACUAUGGCAGAGUGAAAGCCGCGUCAGCUGGCGUCUAUUCCAACUGGAGCCUCAGCUGCAGAUUCACUCCCUGGCGAGAAACUAUGAUAGGACCUCCGACGGUAACUGUGGUUCAUAGCAACAAAUCCAUAAUACUAAAGCUCCAGGCUCCUCAUUCUCCUUAUAAAAGGAAGAGAGGCAGCAAGAUACCAAUGACAAAUUAUUAUGAUCUGCUAUAUCAAGUCUUCAUAAUUAACAACUUGCUAGAUGAGCAACACAGAGUCCUGGUGUAUGAAGGAAAAGACAAAGUUAUUAAAAUAGAAGAUUUGAGGCCUGGAGUCAGCUACUGCAUCAUGGCUAAAACGUACGUGCCAUUGCUGGACCGCAGCAGUGCCUACAGCAGCAGGCAAUGCACCGUGCUGCACUGACAGGGCUGGCACCUCUGUGACAGGGAUAAUGGCGGAAGAUGCCUCCCAUCACAGAUCCAGCUGUAAAUCAACAUCUGUGGUCUAUGUCUGGAAUACAUAUUUGGAUACUUUUAAAAUUAACCUUUGCUGCAUUAAACGAUUUAAUUCAUCACAAUCAUUUUAUGCUACACAAAGGCCAACAAUUCUUUGUAUGUCCUAUAUUACAAUUUAUGAUGGUACGUAUCUGCAUUUACAAAGGAAACAGUGUUGUAAGAUUAAAAAAAACAUGCAAAAAGCAUUUGUGAAAAUAUCCUUAAGAUUGUUUCUAGAGUUUUUGUAUUUUAAGCCUUGGAAUUAAAAUACAAUUUAUAAAAGAGAAGUUUCAGAUAUUUUAUUUCUUCUAGAACAAAGGUUGCAACAGAAGUUGGAAAAAAGUGUCCUUUCUUUAAAGUAAGAACUGUUCAGUACAGGAGUA